UCCAUUGACAGCCGCUUGUACAGAAGAAGUGAACGACGCAGGAAGCAACCCCGCAGCUGCGGUGCAGUUGGUCCAUCGCUAGAGGAAUACACAGUGUUCAGUCCUGCUCUGUUUUGUUUUGGGUUGUUUCAUUUUACGGAAAAGCGUUGGACUUGUGUGUUAAAUGUGACUGUUUUUGACGAGGGUAUGCGCGCGAGCUGGUGUCUUCAGUGAACCGUGAGUCCGAUAGCCUAGCAUCCGUAGAUAGCCUGUUAGCUCGCUGACAUCAAAACAGAUCGAGUUGAAAGAUGAAUUUGGUCAAAAACAGGACUUUGCAUUCACACCUGCGAGACGACGAAACUCUGUUGGUGGAAAACGCCAUCCGACUGGCGAUAGACUCGAUAAUAAACGUGCUGUACGGCGUCAACAGCGCCAGGAAUCACGAGUACCAGCGGAUGGUGGCGGACAGGGACAAAGAGAUCCAGCGGCUGGAGUGCAGGCUGAGGGAGAUAGAGCACGAACUGCAGGUGCUCCGCCGACAGGGAUGCACCUGCGGGUUGUUCAGAACCGAGCGCAGCCUCACCGGGUCACAGGCCUCCGAUGACCGGCAGAAGGGAGAGCAGAGCGGGUUUGAACCAGGCUGCAUGGAUGCUGAGAUGACAGCAGGGCAGCAGGAGUGUGAAAUGAGCAUCUCAUUGGGUCUUUUUGCAAGACCCCCCUCACACGUCUCCUCCCAAAGCCACGAGUCAGCCCUUCCAUCAUCCCCCAGCAGAAUGUGCCUGGACCAGACCUUCACUUCCCACUCCUCCGAGACUUCAGGUGUAUCAGAGGCAGCCAGAAAUCUGCCUACAUCUCCCAGCAGCCUUGUGGUCAAAGAGGAGCCAUGUGACGUUGACACAGUCCUAAUCAAGUGGGAAAUGAGUGAGGAGAGAUUCGGGGAGCAUCAGGAGAGCACAGGGAGUCCAUGUCAGGACAGAGAGAGCCCCAGUAGAAAAAAAACACAAGAGAGCAGAGAGAGAAAAAAGUUCAGGGAGAAACCUCAAGCUGAUCCAGGCGGACACCAAAUCACAGAGGGAGAACACCUGAGGAACAAGAAGAAGAGCGUGCCGAUGUCUGAGCUUCCGGAGGAGGCUCAGAGACUGAAGAGGGCGGCCUGGAGAGCAGCCUCCAGGCGGUAUUAUGCCCGAAAAAUAGCCCGCCAACAGGCAAACCCGUCACGCUCUGCCCCCUUUCCCCACAUUUCACCAUCACAGUAUUCACAACCCAUCUCAUUUGUGGAUAAGAGGAAGAGGACGCUGAUAUCCGAGUUACCUGAAGAGUCUCAGACACUGCAGAGGGAGGCGUGGAGAGCCGCGUCCAGGAGGUACUAUGCCCGAAAAAUGGCUCGCCACCAAACCGACCCCACACAGUAUGGACACCUGCUUCAGAACAUAGAGCCGACAGAAGAAACACAGGGACCAAACAGAGCAGGUUCACACAGCAACAGUGAAGGAAUAAUGUGCAGCUGAUAGACAGUAACGACGCUUUUAGAGAUUCUGCAUAUUUUAAACGUCAUUUCGUUAUGUCCUAGACAACACUGGACUAUGUGAAUGUUUGUAUUUGGUCCAUAUUUUUCAGUUGGUUUGUUCUGAUAAUGUUGAGAUUUGUCUCAGGUCUUAAGAUAGUUUGAACCUGGUGUUUUAACUUCAAAUCUUUGAACUGUUUUUUGUGUUUCUUCAUGGCUGAAUUAUGCAACUAAUAUUCCUGAGAACAACACUGCAUUCACAUCACUUAAGCUCUAAUUUUUGACUGACUAACUCCCUCUCUCUCUUCAUGACAGUCUUCUUUGGCACACUGCAUGCCUGUUGAAAAUGCUAACUGCAUAAAUGUAUUCUGAGGCAAUAUAAAGCUUUUGUACAGUAUUACUCAAGUGAACAUCCACUGUAUCAAUACAGCGCCCCUGGAGUUCAACAUCUGUAACUACAAUCAAGGCAACUACAGUAUAAUGGUCAAAUUAUAAGCUCAACAUCUUUGUGUUAAUAAAAAAGUAAAGAAUUAGUACAUUUUUUUACUGGUAAAAACUUGUUUUGUUCUUUUUUUGCACAUGUUAAAUAAUAAAAACUAUUUAAUUUAAA